AGAGUGUCUUGAACCCCAGGAGAUCCUCGCGCCCAGCUUGAGACUUCUGUUCUAGUUUUGUCCCGAUUCAGAGAGGAAGUCUGUGUCCCGUCCGGAGAAAUCCCGGGAGUGGCUGUCCCUUCCUCCCCCUAUCACACGCCUCCCCUCGGUCGAGGCGAAUGGAAGCUGGGACGGGGGACGGAGUCAGAGCCCCGCCUCCGCGGCCCGCCUGGGGCUCCGGUUCUGGGCCGCCGCCUGCCCGGCCCCUUGGGCGCGGCGAGGGAGGGGGGUCCCUUCCACCCCGGCGCGCUCUGCCCACGGCGACGCCCUCCUUCCCUCCGCUCGCGCUGGACAUCUUUGUCAAGUCUUCCGCUCCUCCCCCGCCUUCCCUCUGGACGCUUUCACUCAAUUCUUUCUCUCUCACCCGCCCCCUUUCUGGCGUUUUCUGCUGUGUUCCUCAAUGUCCCUGUGAACAGGCUGAUUGCCUCGCCAAAAUCGAGCGCCACACCUUCAGCUCCACCACCUGCCCGUCACUCUCCGAGGAACUCUUUGCCUUGAGAACUAAUGCUACCCUAGCUCGCUAUUGCCCAGGCUACUUCAAAGUUCAGAUAAAUAAUACCCAGAAAGUGCAGCGAAAAGUCAACCGUAACUGCCUGGAGCAAACUUCACAAAUAAUUGGAUGGUGGCGUUUUUUCAGCCGGCAUUUGAAAAAAUAAAACUAUCUUCAUUAGCAUCAUAUUUUACAGCACUAAAAUAAAUCAUUUAUUAAGUAGAUAAAAUGUAGAGAUGGCAUUCAAGACUAUCACUUUUUAGGACUUGAGGAUUAAACCCAUUGGGGGUUUACAAGACUUUACAGGAAUAGUACUUCCCCUGUAUUAAAAAUAAACUUACAUUAAGCAAUAAUAAUUUACAAAAAAAAUAAGUUCUUCUGUCAUUAAAGAAUAACUUGAUAGUCUUUUACAAUGUCACAGGCAGGCAUUUCUUCUACAUGCAAUGAUUCUUCUCCUGUCCUCAUAACAAAAAAUUACAAAGGAAGAAAACAAAAGCAAAAGAGAGUGCACAAAAAUUACAAAUAUAGCGCAGCAAUUUGAUAGAAAUUUCAAGGAAAUUUUGUGAAAGUAUUCUGAACCAA